GUGUUGCCGGACGCCUCCCCAGGGAGCACCCUGUGCCUCAAGCCCCCUCUCCAGGCCCACCCUGUGGGUAUCAGAAAGGAAGUUCACCUUUGACCUCAUCUGCUAUCCUGAGUUCCCUUUGGCCUCUGCCCCACCUGGCAAAGGGUUGCACUCCUGGCCUCUGAGGAGGGCUCCUGUGCUUGUGGACCCAGCCCAGCUUCUGGGUGACAUUCCUCUUAGGAGGGAGGGACAUUCUGAACCUGCCUGCUUGGGAUGAGACCUCCUCCAAGCCUCAGAACCAGCCCCACUGUGGAGGACAAGACUAGGGCCGGGGAGUGGUGGGUGGGGUGGCCCUGUCCAGGGGCCAGCACGACUCCUGAAAGGGCCCUCCAGCUCCACAUCAAGGUGACAACCUUAUGAGUUGAAGGAAGGAAGGAGUGAAGCUGGCAAGAGGUGGGAGCAUUGGAGACUCGUCCAGAGUCCCACCGUUCAUAAGCAACAGGACCCUCGGGGGUUCACUCCCAGCCAAGGACACACGUGUCUUUGGUUGCCUCUUCACUUCCAGGUGUGCAUUCCCAGGUGGGUCGGGGCCUCACUCCCUGUCCUAAUGCCUUCCAGCCCCGUGUGGAUGGGGCAGGGGACAGCUGGAGUUUCUCUGGAGUCUGGCAGGAAGAUGGCUGCACGUGUCUGAGAAGGAGCUCUGGGCUUGGUCCUGGGACACCCUUUUGAUACUGUGAAGGUGCGCCUGCAGACCCAGACCACGUACCAGGGCAUCGUUGAUUGCAUGGUGAAGAUUUACCGCCAUGAGUCGCUGCUGGGCUUCUUUAAGGGCAUGAGCUUUCCCAUCGCGAGCAUAGCCCUGGUCAACUCCGUGCUGUUCGGGGUCUACAGCAACUCCCUGCUGGCACUCACUGCAACCGCCCACCGGGAGCGGCGGGCCCAGCCGCCCAGCUACACACACAUCUUCAUAGCAGGCUGCACCGGGGGGUUCCUGCAGGCCUACUUCCUGGCCCCUUUUGACCUCAUCAAAGUCCGGCUACAAAACCAGACAGAGCCGAGGGCCCAGCUGGGGGGCUCCUCACCCCGGUAUCGGGGACCCAUGCACUGUGCAGCCUCCAUCUUCCAGAAGGAGGGGCCCCAGGGGCUGUUCCGAGGAGCCUGGGCCCUGACGCUGAGAGACACCCCUACAGUGGGAAUCUACUUUGUCACCUAUGAAGUGCUCUGUCGCCAGUGUACACCAGAGCGCCAGAAUCCUAGCUCAGCCACAGUGCUGGUGGCAGGGGGCUUUGCCGGCAUCACAUCCUGGGUCGCAGCCACGCCCUUAGACGUGAUCAAGUCCCGGAUGCAGAUGGACGGGCUGAAGCGGAGAGCGUACCAGGGCAUGCUGGACUGCAUGGUGAGAAGCGUCCGGCAGGAAGGCCUGGGGGUCUUCUUCCGGGGGGUCACCAUCAACAGUGCCCGUGCCUUUCCCGUCAACGCUGUCACCUUCCUCAGCUAUGAAUAUCUCCUACGCUGGUGGGGAUGAGCCUGGCUGGGCGAUGCCAGUAGCUCCCCAGCAGGCCCAGCGCCCGCCUGCCAGUUUGAGAUGGAGCUGGGAUCGAAGGCCAAUUUGAAAGCACAGUUUGUAAUUCAAACGCACGAGGCUCAGCUCCUUUGAAUCAAGGCACCUCCCAGCCGCCCAGACUGGGCUGUGGAGACGCCAGCGCCAGUGGGGCGCAGGAAGCCAGCGGUGCCAGACUCAGCCUCCGUGAAGUCGUGGAGCAGAGAGCGGGCACACGCGGCCUGGCCAGCCCCCGCGCCUCCUGCAGAGCUCUGGAGGCUCUGCCGCUGGCACCAUCCCAGCCCUGCUGCCUCCCACCUCCCCUUUCAAACCGUGCCCUUCCACGACUCAGAAUCAUUUGGUGGCUCCCCCCACCCUCAGGAAAAAGCCCAAACCCUUCCAGCACCUGGGCCCUCCUGCCCAUGAGGCUUUGCUCUCCCUUGGUGGCUUCCCGGACCCUGAACAGGCUGUGUUCUGUCAUCACCCUGGCCUGGAAGGCUUAUUCCUUCCUGACCGGCAGUGCGCAGUGCCCGGCAGGGUGACGCCGUCAUCCCCUGGCUGACCCCCUUCUCCUCCAAGACCCAGGCUGAGUGCUGUCCCCUGGAGUCCUUCCUUGGCUCCUCCCCCAAGCCCAAGCUGGCUUUGGGGUUCAGACACCUCGCUCACGUUCCUGCUCAUGGCACUGCCUGUGCUGCUUCAGAGUUGUUGGUUUGCUUCUCGACUCCCCCCACCCCCCCCUCCCCCCGGACCGCGGUGAGCUCCUUGAGGUGGGGGUUGUACUUCUGAGUGUUUCCCAGCACGUGUCCAAUAAAUGCUCGUUAAGUGAA